ACCAAGAUUUUCACGUUCCGCAUUAGUAAAGGCAGAGAGAAGUCAGAUCUUCCCUUAUAUCUGGUAAAAGUGAAGCACCGCUAACAUUAUUAUAUCAGUGAACGUAAUAAAUUAUAUGGGUCACAGGGCAAUAAAACAAAUUGAAAUCAUUCGCAUUAUACUAAAGAACACAGAUCAACAACCAAGCUGAAUAUUGAGUUCAUUCUCAAAUUUUCACUCAACAGAGAAUAUUAUUCCUGAGAGUAUAUUCAGUUGUGCAGGAGAGACGUUUUUCAAGAUGACUACAAUUUCUAGAGAUGAUGCUCGAACUAUCACUGAGGAAUUGGCAAUGCUCUCUCAAUUCCGUAGAAUCUCGAAAGUUUUCAACAAAAAUGGAGUCAGCUUUAAUAACAUACGCAUAACAGGUCAUAUACUACUGGUAGUAGCCUGCAUAGUGAAUAUGGUGAUGGGUCUACACAGUGACUGGAACCAAGUGGAACGACGCAUCCUUUGGCUGCGAGACUUGCAAAGCUUUCUGCUGAUGCUGCUGUUUUUCUGCAUGCUUGGCAACCGAGGCUGGACUCUCGACAAGUUCUGUGCUAUCAUGGACGAGCAUUAUUCCAGGCGUCAUGAAAUUACAGAGUUUGACGAUAUUAAUAGGACUUUCAGGUUGACCAACAAUCUCAACGUGAAAGCAUAUUGCCGCAACUUUCUGACUGUGCUCCUAAUCCGCAAUGCAGCUAUAUCCUACCUGCCAAUGGCCUACACUGUCUUCCUUGUAAUCACUUCAAUACUGGGUGGAAAUUACUCUCAAUUAGAUCACCUACCAGUUAUCACAUACUUCUUCUAUCCACAUGGAUACAUAAGCUGGCAACUUCAGUUUGUGCUCAACAUAUUCGCAACAUAUUUCUAUGUUAUGAACACGGUCUUCGGUUAUGUUUUUAUAUCGAGUAAUUUCUUCAUACUCCAUAAUACCUGGUACCAGUUUGGACUUUUCACGGAGUAUUUGAGAGAAUUGGAUAAACUCGAUUUGGAAGAGAGACAACUGAGGCGGAUGAUGAAUCGUGUUAUAAAGUAUCAUCAGGUCAUAUUAAAAAUACAUGCAAGCUAUGGUCAACUAUGUAGGAUGCCCAUACUGAUUUUCAAUUUCAGUAUGACAUUUCAAAUAUGUACAUACAUCUACAGUAUCAUUGAGUUAAGAAAGGCCAGAUUCUUAAUCCAGUUGAUAUUUGCUCUAAUGCUGCUAUAUGGUUUUUCAAGUUAUGGACAGAAAGUUGUGGACGUGGGUGAACGUUCAAGUAAUUGCUUGUAUGAGAUUGAAUGGUCAGAGAAGCCAAUUUGGUACCAGAAACAGUUACUGUUAAUGCUCACUAGGUCAGCUGUGAGUACAGAGCUGCAUUUCUUUGGUCUCAUGUCAACAAAAAGAACGCUUUUCACCAAGGUGUUACAAGCUGCUUAUACCUAUUUAAACUUUCUGAGAGGAACCGAUACAUGAGGGUAAAAAAUGUUUCAACAUGAGGAAGAUGAUAGUUACCAGCUGUUAAUAUUAUUAUCACCAGCUGCUAUUGUGAAACUUUUUGAUGGAGUCAUAAUAUUCGAGGUCUUGUAUUUUACUGAUAAAUUAAUGUAUGGUCCUAUCAAUUAAAAAUAAUGUUUUUUGAUUUUCCCAAUUCAUUCCAAAACUGAAUGGCAUAUUGAGUUGGAAUUUUGAGAAUCAAACUGGA